UUACAAUCAUAAGUCAAAACUACAACCCCUUUAUUUCUCUCUCAAUUGUUAGCAAACUUUGAAACAUUCUUUUUUUUCCUCUCUUAAUUACCCUAAUUAAAUACAUAUUUGUAAAAACAAAUUAAUUCCAACUAAUUUAACAAACACUUGUAUACAUUUGCAUCUAGCGGCGAAUCUUGAGAGAUUUUUCUAAGAGCGAAAGUUUUCAAACACUUUACAAUUUUAAUAUAAGGUUGAACACAAGUAAUUGUUGAAUCAACUUAGUAAAAAUGAGUUCUGAUGAACCCAAUGUUGAUAAUGAAAAACAAAUGGUAGUUGAUAAAACUCCUAUAUGGAAGAUCUUCGCAGUGGCGUCUAUUGCGGCAGGGGUGCAAUUUGGAUGGGCACUUCAACUCUCACUUCUCACCCCAUACGUCCAACUUCUUGGUGUUAGUCACGCAAUGUCUUCUUUAAUAUGGCUAUGUGGUCCAAUUUCUGGUAUCGUGGUGCAACCAACAGUUGGAUAUACGAGUGAUCGUUUAAAGUCCAAGUUUGGACGUCGAAAGCCUUUCAUUACAGUUGGGACUACCUUGAUCUGUUUUGCUGUGUUGUUGAUUGGGUUUGCGGCAGAUAUAGGUCAUAGUUUCGGUGACAACCUUGAGAAGAAGGUUAAGCCUAGAGCUGUUGCUCUUUUUGUUAUUGGUUUUUGGAUCCUUGACAUUGCCAAUAACAUGGUUCAGGAUCCUAGUAGAGCAUUCUUGGCCGAUUUAUCAAAACAUGAUCAUAAAAGGAUGAGAUUGGCAAAUGGUUUAUUCUCAUUUUUCAUGGCGGUUGGUAACGUUCUAGGGUACGCAGCAGGAUCAGCCCCGGCCUUGUACAAAGUCGUACCAUUCACGAAAACAAACGCUUGUGACACAUAUUGUGCAAACCUGAAAACAUGUUUUUUGAUCGAUAUUAUCCUUCUUGUUUUUGUCGUCGUAGUUGCUCUUGUUGCUGUGAAAGAGCCUGUAAUUGAUAAGGUUAUUGAUGAUGGUAUCCCAUUUUUCACCCAAGUUAAAACCUCCUUUAAGAACCUUGGAAGGCCUAUGUGGUGCCUUUUCCUUGUUACUGCCUUCAAUUGGAUUGCUUGGUUCCCAUUCUUGAUGUUUAAUACUGACUGGGUCGGUCUUGAAAUUUACGGUGGUGAUCCUAAGGGAAAUGCAGGAGAAAAGAAAUUAUAUGACAUGGGAGUAAGAAAAGGAGCAUUAGGACUAUUGUUGACAGCAUUAUCACUAGGAAUCAUGUCUCUAAUCAUAGAUCCAUUGUCAAAACUAUUAGGGGGUGCUAGGAGAACCUGGGGUCUUGUUAAUUUCGUAUUGGCUGCUGCUUUGGCAUCCACAGUACCAUUAACUAAAGCGGCCGAAAAAGUAAGGAGACAUUUGCCUCCUCAUACUCCUCCUCCUUCUAACAUUCAGAACGGAGUUUUAGCCCUCUUCGCCGCCACCGGUAUUCCACAAGCAGCUACUUAUAGUAUCCCAUUUGCAUUGGCAUCGAUGUACUCAUCUGACUCUGGUUCCGGGCAUGGCCUUGCACUAGGAUUGAUGAACUUGGCAAUUUGUGUACCACAGAUGUUCGUGUCACUAAUUAGUGGACCGUUAGAUAAAGUAUUUGGAGACGGAAACUUACCUGCAUUCAUACUUGGUGCCAUAUCAGCGGUGAUUAGUGGAGUAUUAGCUCUUACAGUCAUACCUCCUUCAAGUGCCAAUGCUUGAUUACAAACAUUCAUAAUUUUUUCGAAAUUUUGUUUUUAUUUUUAUUUUUGUUGGUAUUAGUCCAUCAUUUAUUUUUAACCCUUUGAGAUAGGGCAAAGUCUUUCACAAGACAAUUACACAACCUGUGUAUAGUAUAGUAAACAUACUUACACAUGUAUUCAAUGUAUGUCUUGUAUUUGCUACCAUUUGUGGUCUUAGUGACAUUGAAAUAAAAGUAAAAAUAGAAACGAAAGCUUUUUGAGGUUUCA